AUGCUCAAUCCGCUGGCUACCUGCGAGCAGCUCGCGCUCACUCCAUCUAUGUCUGAAGGCCUCUCAUUCGACCUUGAGAUGGAGCUGCGCGCGCUAGGUUGCCAGAUAAUCCAACAGGCGGGCAUCCUGUUGCAGUUACCUCAGCGCACCCUCGCUGCCGCACAGGUCUUCUAUCAGCGUUUUUGGUACAGCUCUUCAAUGUGCGACUUUUCCGCCGACGAAAUUGCAAUUGGAUGUCUACUACUGUCCACCAAGCUUGAGGAGACGCCGUGCAGUCUCCGUCAUUUGAUCGGCGCCUUCCACUACGUCAACUUUCACCUCAAUAAGAGCCGUCGACAUUCCGAAUACGAGCCUCCUUCCCGCGAUUCUUCCGCUCUGAUGGCUCUGCGCGAUGCGGCCGUCGUAUCCGAGAUGCAGAUUCUCAAGCGGCUCGGCUUUCAAGUGCACGUUACGCUACCUUACGCCCUUUUGGUCAACUACUUGCAGGUCCUUAGCCUCACCGAUCCAAAGCUCAAGACAAGAGUUCGACGACACCACGGGUGGCAUCCACACGUCGCCCCGAUGGAGCCAGUUGGGAAUCAGCAAGAGGAGACUGUGUCGCUGGCACAGUGUGCAUGGUCAUUUCUUAACGAUGCCCUUCAGACGCCCGUGCUGUGCAUCGUAGGCCCGCACAUCGUUGCGUGUGCCGCUAUUGCACUUGCAACCGAGAUGUGUGAGCCUCUGGUGCGACUGCCCCAUCAACCUGCCCCAUGGUGGCUGCUCUUCGACGCCUCCGAGGCCGAAGUCAUGAUCGCUGCUUCGCAUCUUCUUUGGCGCUACCAUCACCAUUCUUUGCAGACCGAUCUGGCCAAGCUGCUGGAUCGACAUGAGCUGAAACGCUACCUUGCAGCCCACUCCGCCAAUCUGAACUCAUGUUAA